AUGGUGACGACGGCGUUCUUUGCGCCCUUGAUUGGUGCCUGGAAGGGUGCUGCAGCUGUCAAGAUUGUCAAGACAGCCAUGGUCACAGCAGCAGCUGGCCAUUUGCUGCCACAUGGUGAAAGUGUGGAGGAAGAAGGAGAUGAGAUGGAAGAAACGGUGGAAGCAGCAGAAUUUGCCAAGGAGAAUGGAGCUGUGUCAGGUGGGCCUCAAUUUUGGCGCAGCUUUCAGAAACGGUCGCAGUCUCAUCCCAAGCCAUCACCAGAAUCGGCCAGUGCCACCAAUGCGGAAGCCGUGCUCAAGGCCGUGGCUGCAGCUGCAGCCGUUGCAUCCGUGACGUCCCGCAUGGUGGAAUCUCGCUGCCAGGAACUCAGAUGCCGACCGAAACAGAGGAACGAUGCCGGGGCGGCUGGUGCGGCUGCGCGAGUUGGAGCGGAGCGACGCAAACCUUGGCGUUCCUGUGGCGAUCCAUUUCCAAAUCCUUCAGGCGUGAAGGGCGAACGCGUCUUGGUUGUGCACGCUCAAUGCAAGUCCGAAAAGGUGUGCACGAAUGGACUCCGGCACAACAGCACCUACGGCACCUAUCGGGCGGAGUGGCCCGAGGCCUGGGCACAACCCACCAGGUGCUUCCAGGAGGUGCCACCGCAGCCGCAGCUGAACCGCUGGGAGGCUCUUGAAGUGGAGAACCCUUUCGACCCAAGGCUUGGAACCAAAGACGUUGAUGCCUGGGGUCGUGAAGUAAGACCGCAAUGGCCAUCCACUUGCAAGUGCAGAGCCAACAGCUCUGGAAAUGGCAGAUUCUGCGCAUCAUAUCGUGAAGGAGGGAAGACAUGCACUGAUCAGAGAUCCUUCCAGCAAACGGCAGCGAUGCGCUUGAAGGUCCAGGCGCUGGAGUUGGAGUACCAAGAGCUGCGGAAACAGAUCAACCAGCAGCCGUAUCCUCACCAGCAAAGGCAAGACAAAACUGCGAGACCCAACCAGCAGGAGCUGCGUUGCGAAGGCAGUUGCGGCAGCCGAUGUGCCACGAAAGCGCGCUCUCGGAGUGCUUGUGGAGCAGGGUCCCAAUGCCAAAAUCAGGGCCGAAGCCUAGGGACUGCCCGCCAGGAACGCGGCGUGCGGGAGGUUUUGCCUGGGAACAACCCACAGUUGUUGGUGCAAGGUGCUGCAAGGCAAACGGUCGAAACCUCGACCAGAUAUAUCACACCACAAGUGCCGGCAGUGGAGCAAAGGACUUUCAGGACUCAUGGGCAGCAGCUCCUACCAGGUGGCGUGGGGCAACAGGAGUACGAUUGGGCGCAUCAAGUUGGACCUGUCAGCUAUCAGGAUCCGCAAAAGGCUCACCCUGAAUAUCCGCCUGCAGCUCCUGCAGUGGCUCCGGUGUCUCCUGGGAUGCCGGAUCUUACCCAGAUGCCGCGUGCUGUGUGUCCGACGCCCUAUGCGCUGGGUUCUGUUUGUGGCCGUGGAGAGCGUGAGCUUCCUGGUUGGAGAAGCUGCAAGGACAGUAAUGAAAUCCUGGGCACAUGUUCCGAGAUUAUCACCUCGACAGCACGUUACAUCUUUGAUGUGGUCAAGAGCCGUGACGUAAAUCGCCAGGGCCCACUGAAGAUUCUAUCAGCUGCAGAUGGUUGUGCGGAUGACAGCAUUCAAGAAGCACAGGCUCGCUACGUGCCAACAAGUGUCAUGUUGGCGCAUGCAUUUGCUGCUUCGACAGGAGGAUGGUCUGACUACAGAACCAAGAUACGGGUGUAUGGUGGUGAUGUGCGGAAUGCAAUCAUGCCGUUCUGGCAGCCGCAAGCAUUUCCAUGGCAGCUUCCAAUUUACCUGGAGCACCGCUUCAUUGCUUUGGACAAUACGAAGGACUUCGCUGCACAGCUCUACAACGGUCAGUGUGAGGCUGGUCAACUUUUCGAUGUGGUGCUGCUGCGACAGGGCCUUUGCUUUUGUGACGACCCAUCGAAAGUGGCCACCUCCUGGCCGUUGGAAGUAACGCUUUGUUGCAAGUCCUGCAUCAACUGCCGUGCAAUGCUUCCUCCCGAGUCCCUGCCGCAGGAUUUGGCCACGGUCCGAAGGACCGCCAUUUGCGGGGUGUACCGUCUCGAGCCCUUCCUUUGUGAGAAUCGUCCUGCCUAUCGCCUGGGACGAUGCGUGCUGCGAUGGUGUCCGGACAGACUCGAAUGGGCUGUUCUGGAUGAUGCGGAUGGCGGAGCCUGGGCCUAUGCUCGCGGAGACCUCGGCCAUCCCAUUCUCUCCAGAGGACCCUGGACAGUUUGGGAUGGACAAAACCACAUCGCUGACGCCAGCUUUGCGUGCAAUUUGGUGCAAGAGACCGCGUCGCCACCGUGGCACCUGAUGCCUCAACAGCGGAUGGUUUGUGCUGGCGUCGCUGGCGACUCCGAAAGCGUGAUCCGCUUACUGUGCCGUGUGGCUGCCAUUUUGGAUGCGUCAAAGCCCGACUCCUUUGGACUACUCCAUGGUGCGUGGACCAAUGGAACGCAGGUGGAAGUGGAACAGCUGCACAGGCAGUUGACAGAGGCGGUGCAGAUGUACAAUGACCGCCGUGCAGCUGCAGGAGGAUUUCCUGCCCAUGCAGCUUGCGUGCUUUGGCGCACGGCCGCAACUCAAUAUUGGCUGCAGUGCGAUGGCAUCAUGCUCUUCCAACCCGGCAGUUGUGCUGAUCCUUAUCGGGCUUAUGGUGCUGUGGCCUAG